AUAAAAAUUCCGUUCGUUUACGUCAGGCCGAUUUGGCAUAUAUAGGUAUUCCAGACAUGUGUGAAAAUAUGUGUGAUUAGGUCUGCCAAUUCACCUACUGAACUACUGAAAAGACUCCAUAGAGAAAGAACGAGAAAGCAGAGAAUGAACCUCGCGAUUGUACUGUUAGUGGUUCUGAGCACGGCGCCUUCUGUCCGUUCGAUACUACGCUGUUCUAAGUGUGAAGACAACUGUACCAGGAGGGAGAUCGACCAGUCGGCGAAGGUUCUCUUCAGCAAUGCCGCGAGUUCUUUCAUCGGGAAGGAUGAAAUCAACCGCUCAUUGGCCCCAUGGACAUACAAGGAAAACUUUAAUGCCACUAGAUUACCGAAGACUAUCUGGACUGCCAGUUGCAACCAUAGGCUUUGCCGGAACGACACGCUGUUAGGUUUCAAGCCCCACCUGCGCGUGCUGGACAUCAAAUACAACAUCAGGGUCUACUACAGAGAGCCCUGCCGAACCGCGAGUCACUACAGGCUGGUCCCAGAGACGUUCAGCGUUACUGUGGGCUGCACGUGCAUUGCAACACGCGCUUCCUAAGAGUUUGCUCCUCCUUAACGGCUACAUCUGUCACAUACAUACUACAUGUGUGCUACAAUGAAUAUUAUAUAUUUCAUGUAAAAAAAUGUCAAAGUAUGGUAUUUUGAAAUAUCUGAAAAUGGGAUAAACAUAAAGACAUAAACUUCCCAGUACAUACACUGUGUGUAUGGCCAACAGUAAUCUUUCUCAAGAAAGAGAGAAAAAAUCGCAAGGCACUCAAUCUCCAGAUUAGCAGUGUAAGCCUUUAUUAUUUUGGGUAAACCCAACACGUAUCGGCAGUAAAUGCCUUCAUCAGGGGAUUUGUUAGUAAUCCUUCUCAGUUUUGAGAUCUAGAAACAGAAAAAUAGGAAAAAUACACUUAUAGUGAUUUUCCUGGUUAAUAGCUUUCAGUUUCUCCAUAAACAACACACUUAGGCUAUAUUUAGAUUUUUAAAAAACCCAGCCUUCAGUGUGUUAAAUUGUAUCGCUGUUUUUAUUUUUGUGGUUUUUAUUGUAUUACAUGCCAUUUUUAAUUGUCUCACUCCUUUAUGGUCUGUCCACCAAUUGAAAAAUGCAUAAAUUAUUAUUGGCCUAUUAUUACAUAUUGUAAUGUUUUCAUCUGUGAGAAUUCAAGGGAACCAUUUUUUCUAGCAGUUGUCAACUGUAGUCAGCUGUAGUCACCAGCGUGUGGCGGACGAGAAUCCACUGUGCACGCCUGGUACAGCAUUUUAUUAUUACUGCUGAAAGUUAUUAACUUCCAAGAAAAGCUGGAUUUUAUGAAGGUAGAAAACAACUAUCAGAUGGACUAAACUACGUUUAGAUGGACACAGGUGAUAGUCAUGGUGGGGGGGGGGGGGUCUUAAUUUGUUUAGAAACAUAACAGAUUUAUUUAAAACUUAUGAGCACAAAUUGACACUAACCAAUGGGAAUUGCUCAUCUUAAAAAGGUGAGGUGAAGGAAUGUGGGGGAGGGGGUGCAUUAGCUCCACAGCAGGUGCGUCAUUAGUCCCACGGCUCCCCUACUCCUGGCACUCGCACCAUCCAGGUUUUCACUCCAGUGCAAUGUUGCUCAUUUACCCAGAACAUAUUUAUCCCAGCACUAUGACAUUUUACUCGAAUCUGCUUUGACAUGUCAGUGGUCAUUACCCGCUUUAGUUACAGACAUAACUUAAUCGAGCUGGAAGCCAUUUAAACCAGAGUAAAAGUAGUCCAAUGUUAUAUUCAUAUGAAGUAGCUGGUUAUAAUUAUAACAGAGGGGCGGAGUAACAGUAAAUGAAAAUGCCCAUACAAGGGUAUAAUAAGUUUUUUCUGGGCAUACUCAUGUUAAUCAAGGAAACACAUUCCAGUGGGUAACGUGAGACCAGCCACAUAUUCAAAUUAUGCAUGUAAAUAGAAACUGAAAAUAUAUCAUGAAAAUAGACUGUGCGCAAACAUUGACGCUCUUUGUAAUUAACCGUGAAGCGAGUUGUGGUAACCUCCAGAUUGAUGAGGAAAGCUGUUUUUGUUUUCUGUUUAACAACCAGCAAAUAGCCAGCCACAUAGCCCAAUCUGGUGUGUGCUUAGCCUAUUAUAAAUGCUUGUGACCAGGUGGCUGUUUCUUUUCCAUUAAUCACUUGGAGCAUUGAGAAGAUGAUGCUAUGUCAACGCAGCAAGCAAAUUAGCUGAACACAUCUAACAUUAAACAUGGAAUUAAUUUCAAACACAUUGAUGAGAACAAUUCAUUUCUUUUACAGAUAUUAUACACCAUUUAAAAUGCCAAACCCCAUCUAUUGUCCCUAAUCUUUAAAUCAGAAGCCCUCUCACAGUGACCUCCCUGGGUAUCAACCCUCUCGUUUUCUCUUUAGAUGCCGUUAUAUAAACAUAUAACAGCAAAAAGCACAUUGUCAUAGCAACUCAGAGGUGGCGUAAUUGUAACAGCUGUCCCAAUUGUAAAGACGUGUUUUUUGGUCACCUAGCAAACAGUUUGUGCUAAAAUCGACUCAUAAAACCAUACUCAAGGACUGAUAACUGGUUAAAAUGAUGUAUGCUGUGAUUUAUUAAAUAAAAAUAUA